UGAUCAUUUUACUACGACCAUGGUGGUAAUUGAUAUGACAAGGUUGAACCCAACGACGCCACAGGCAGCAGUGGUAGCGAAUGAGGCGGUUUAUGUGAACAGCACAGUCGUGAGCAAGCAUUUCAAAACCAGCGCCAUCACCUACGACCUAUUUAAUAAACCGGAAACUGGUAGAUUAGUGCACAAGAUGACACUGCCUGUUAUUUUGGCAGCUACAAGUGGACCGCAGUCAUGGGAGGUUACGACGUCACUCUCUCCACUAGACCAACAAAUGAUGGGGUGGUUGCCAAGCAAGUAUGAAACUGGGUUCACUUGGGUGAACUCCUUGGAUGUCCAUCCCACGGAGCCAUGGAUAACGACGACUCAACAGGACCCUUAUGUGCGCAUAUGGAAUUACCAGACGCAGGAAGUGAAACGCUUUUGUCUCGGAGUUCGCGAGUUACAAGUAACCUCGGUUAAAUUUAUAGCACGGGAAAAAUGGAUUGUGGCCGGUACCAGUUAUGGUCUAAUCUACCUAUUCAGUUAUGAUCCACUCCAACAAAUCCGUGUUGUGAAAGCGCACUCGGGAUCUGUCAACUCUCUGGCCAUCCAUCCGAACGAGCCAUAUGUCCUGUCAGCAUCCUUUGGUGGUGACGUACAGCUCCGGGACUAUGAGGAGGAUAUGGAGAUAAUCGAAAGUUUUUCUGCAAGAAAUUGGUGCGCAAGAUGUGUCGUGUUUGAUCCAUCAGGAGCUACUUUUGCUAAUGCUUGCGGAGAUUUAAUAAAGAUGUGGAAUGUGGAUUCCGGUGAGUGUAAGCUCAUACUGUCUGGACAUUCACACGAGGUGACUUGUUUAGAGUACUUUACUCGUGAGGAUGAGUUAUACUUGAUCAGUGGUUCUCAAGACAGAACUGCCAAGAUAUGGGACUGUCAAACAGGGCGCUGUGUAAAGACACUCCAAGCGUACUCGCCUGUUCGUGCGGUCUGUUCCCAUCCAGAUCUUCCAAUACUAAUUACAGGUUCAUAUGACGGGUCACUUCGCCUUUGGAACUCCACAAGCUUCAGGCGCGAGCGUAUAAUGAAGUUUGACGUCGGAGGUGUGAAAGCUAUAGCUUGCUUAAAGGGGUCAACAAGCAGGAUUGUGAUCGGACAUGCUGGUGGAUUAGGAUUUGCAGAAAUUGGCCCCGAGUAAUUGAGUGCAUGAGAAGCCGCGUAUACAAGCUAAACCAAUAAAUUUCAAAUAGUUACGUCUUUAACAAUUCAUCCAUCCACUCAAACUUAGAGCAUGUCUAAUAAUAUAGCAAGCUGUUGGCUAUACAUAUUGUUGCCUGCUUCUCAUCAAGAGCCAUCAUUAAUAAACACUCGUAUAGUUAUCUGUAAGAUUGGAUGUUAUAGAUUGGCCAUUUUCUCCCUUUUUUCUGUUUCCUUUGUGUUUCAAUUGUUUUGUUUGCUUUGGACCACGUAGAGGCGGGAUCUUGCAUGAGGGCCCACUUCGUUCAUUUUCCCUUGUAUUUCUCUUCCAGACAAACAAAUGCACUAUUACCAAGACUGGCAUGUCAGCUCUACAAUGAAAUGCAAUUGUCUCUCCCAUGUAAAGUUUCAUUGCA